GCCCUAGUGAUCUGUAGAGCCCCUGACUGGAGGGUUAUUGUUACCUCUCUACCAGAUUGUACUCUGUUAACGGAAAUCAGUCUUACUCAAGUAUCUAUCAGCUUUGAGUGUCAGCAAAUUAGGUCGUACAAGGAUACUGCUGUGGUUCUGUUUACCAAGAUUAAGCAGGGUCAGGACUGCUGCCUAGUUACCCUUGAUGUAGGAGAUAUUGAAACCAAGGUGCGGUCCACUCAUGCAACAAAAUAUAUUACAGAUGUUGCUUUGUACACGGAUCCGGAGGAGAUCUACCUGGUCAGGAAGGACGGGACAGUCAUUAUGUUCGACGCGAACAAUCUCAAGGAGGAGGUCAAGAUAGGGGACUCUCAAGUGGAUCUGGAUCGAGUAAUGAGCUGUGACUAUCAACUGUUUGUAAAUGGUAAAGAGCAGAUCUGUGUAGUUCAAUCGGCCCCGGAGUAUAGGCUAGGCAGAAAUAUAUGUGUUUACAGUUACCUUGGUCAGCUGAUGUAUGAGAUACAAUUAGAUCUUCUUGUCUAUGGCCUUAGCAGGGAUGAAUCUGUGUGUAUCUACACAAAUGCCGCGUUCCUGGCUGUAGCAGACUCUAAACGUCUUGUCCUCUUUAACGUUAAGACUGGGAAGUUCGUUGGGAUAAUCUAUAUACCCUGUCAUCUAGAGAAAAUUAAAGGUAAGGAGGAGAAGGAUUGUAUGUUUGAGCAGACUGGUUUAGGAUUGUUCGUCUUCGAUGAGAACCGACUCAUCGCUGUCCACGACUACGAACGAAGUUUCCCCGCUGUCCUGGAUAUUUACAAAUUUUGGUGAUUUCAACUCCAGAAUGGAUUUUUACAAAUAUGCAUGCAUGAAAACGAAUUAUACCCUGUCAAUGAAAAUGCAUGAUUAUGUCGGAAAAUUAACUUUUCUGAGGAGAGGGAGGAGGUAGGCGUUUGUGCAAUUAAAAAUCUUAAUAAAAAUACUUAAUAUAAUUAAAAUAGGCAAGUUAUAUAAUUUCGAACGAAUGAAAAGCCACAAAAUCUUUCAACCCCUUUGGGAUUUUAUCAAAUUAAGUUUACAAAUGCGUCAUCUCUAAAGCAUGAAAGUUAUACAUUUACGAAAAAAAAUUCAUUUGGAUUUUGAAAUUUAGGAAGAAAAAACUCCUCGAAUCGAUCACAAACUUAAGCAGGAAUGAACAGUGGGCAAAUAAUACAUUUUUAUCCUGCAUCUCCUGUGAUUUCUAUUUCAUUGUCAGUCGGAAAUCUCUUCUCAUGAACAUAAAUAAAUAGUUCAAUACUUAUUUGGUUAAUCAAACAAAUCCAUGUAUGCCAAUUUAUAUCUAAACAAUAAAUAAAAAUGUUUUUAACUCUUUUGGA